CACUUCUGCGCCGUAGCGAGCGGAAAUAGUUUCGCAGUGGUUGUCGGGAUCUCAUGAUGCGUUCCGGUAGAUCCCAUAUUUACCCUCCCCCCCACGGGAUGUCGGAAGAAACCCGACAGCAAAAAUUGGCCAGGGCCAGGAAAAAGUUGGCGGAGUAUCAACUGAAGCGCAACCUCCCAUCAUCUUAUAUAAAGAAGAAAAAGAAAAAAGUUAAAAAUGGUAGUAGCUCUGAAACAACUGCUGCUGAUGAUGGUUGCUGCCCGCCUGAGGAUAUUCAGGACAUUCUGAAGGUGCUGGUGUCCAACCUUAACCGUUCCAAUGGGGUAGCGCUCCCCCCAUUGGACAAGUGGAAGGCGCCCAAAGACUGCGCUUCCCCUGCGCCACCAUCUGCUGAUGAUACCGAGUCACCUGGCAGUGUCCCUUCCCGUGAUGACACCGUGUCACUUAGUGGUCAUUCCACUGAUGACAGCCUGUCAACUGGCGGUGUCCCUUCCGGUGAUAACACCCUGUCACAUGGUGGUCAUUCCACUGAUGACAGCCUGUCAACUGACAGUGCCCCUUCCUCUGAUGACACCCUGUCACCUGGCCGUGUCUCUUCCCCUGAUGCUAGUCUCACUAGCGUGGAAUUACUUGAGGACCAUGAUGCUAAUGAUGUCUCUGAUCUUGUGGACAAAAUCGAGACUUUCUCAUCGACUGAGAGCCUGCGACAACUUUCUCAGCAUAUCAAUAGUCUUGUGUCUGAGUCUACAUCCUACGCUAAUGGAGCAGGCCUUUCAUCGUCCAUUAACCUGAAGGAAAUGGAGAACCGGUACCACGAGCUAACGGUAGCCCUGGACUCCAGCUAUCUAACAAACAAACAACUCAGUAGCAAAGUAGAGGAAUUGCAACAGCAGAAUCAAGAACUUAUGGACCAGCUGGAAAAAGAGAAAAAAGAAUAUCAGCAAAAGUCGAUGAAGGAACAGGGAGCCCUACGGGAACAACUGCAGGUUCACAUUCAGACCAUAGGGAUCCUAGUAUCUGAGAAGUCUGAUCUCUAUUCAGCACUCGUCCACACUCAACAGGCAAUCAGGCAGAAAGAAGGCGAGUCCGAGGAUCUUGCCAGCUGCCUGCGCUCUUCCCGGCAGCGUGUAGGAGAUUUGGAGCGGACUCUGUCUGCCGUCUCCACGAAACAGAAGCAGAUGGACAAGGAUAACAAGGAGUUAACCAAAGAGCGAGAUGCUCUCAAGAUGGACUUAUACAAGAACAACAAAAAUAAUGAGGACCUAAAGCAGACGAACUCAGAGCUGGAAGAGAAGCUUCGCUUCCUAGUGUCUGAGAAGGAGGUCCUGAAGCGUCAGUUCGAUGAAAUGCAGAAGAAGCUGGACUUUUCUGAGCUCCUGCUGCUGCAGUACGCUAGCCCGACUGAAGCCCAUACUGGCAGCCUGCAAUUACAGCAGAUCUUGGAGGAUCGGGAGAAGCUGGAGAAAAGCGUGGCCGAGCUUACGGAGAAGAUGAAACGAUUACAGAUUGACAGAGACCAUUAUUUAGAGAUUCUGAAAGGAGAUACUGCCAUGUGGCAGAAGAAAAUGCAGGAAAUGUCAGAAAAGAUUCGAAUAUUGAAGGAGGAAAAGGAGCACAGUGUGACUCAGGUGCGGGAGCUAGAGAGCAGUUUGGCUGAACUGAAGUGCCAGAUAGCUGAACCCCGACCCCCAGAGCCCCCAGCAGGGCCCUCCCAGACUGAGCAGCAGCUCCAGGCAGAAGCUGAGCAGCUGCAAAAGCAGCUGGAAAGCCUGAAAGGACAGCUGCAUGCCCAGUUACAAGAAAAUGAGAGUCUGAGUCAGCAGAACCUGGAGCAGUGGCAGCGGCUGCGGGUGCUGGAGCAGCAGGCCGAAAUCUGGGGGGACCAGGCAGAGGAGCGCAAGAAGAUCCUGGAGACUAUGCAGAACGACCGUGCCACCAUCAGUUGUGCGGUGUCCCAGAACCUUGAGCUCAAGAAGCAGCUGGCCGAGCUGCAAGACGGCUUUAUCAAGCUGAGCAAUGACAAAAUGGAAAUUACUAGUGCACUACAGUCAGAGCAGCAUGUGAAGAUGGAGCUGGCUAAGAAGCUGGGCCAGCUACAGGAGAAGCUGGGAGAGCUGAAGGAAACGGUGGAACUGAAGAGUGACGAGGCGAAGAGUCUGCAGCAGGAGCGGGACCAGUACCUGCUCUACGUGCAGCAGUACGCGGCGGCCUACCAGCAGCACGUGGCUGCCUACCAGCAGCUGAUUUCGGAAAAGGAGACUGUGCACAGGGAGCUCCUGCAGCAGACCCAGGCCGUGGAUCAGCUGCAGCAGGAGAAAGUUCAGGGCGCAGUGGUGGCCGAGAGGGCCCGCCAGGAGUUGCAGGAGACCCAGGAGCGUCUGGAAGCCGCCAGCCAACAGAACCAGCAGCUCCAGGCCCAGCUGAGCCUAAUGGCUGACCCUGGGAAGGGAGAUGGAUUGGACAAGGAAGGAGCAGAGAAGGAGGAGGGACCUGACCAGGAGGAGGGAGUGGAAGUCACACCUGGCAAGGAGGAGAUACCUGAUCAGGAGGACACACCUUGCAAGGAGCAGAUAGCUGACAAGGAGGACACACCUGGCAAGGAGCAGAUACCUGACAAGGAGGAGGGAGCAGAGAAGGAGGAGGGAACGGAUGAGGCUGCUAGGCCCAAGCUGAGCAUCCCGGAAGACCUAGAGAGCCGAGAAGCCAUGGUGACAUUUUUCAACUCAGCUCUGGCCAGUGCUCAGGAGGAGCAGCCCCAGCUGUGUAGGCAGCUGAGGGAACAGAAGGUGCACUGCUUGGCUCUCCAGGCAGCCCCGGCCCCUGGAAUUGGGGGCGACGUCGUGUCUGGGGAAACCUACCGGGCCCUACAGGUGGACAUGGAGAAGCUUCAGAACCGGUUUAUAGCACUCAUGCAGGAGAAGGUGGAUCUGGCAGAACAAGUGGAUGAGCUGGAACACCGUUGUGUCCAGCUGGCUGGAGAGACGGAAACCAUUGGGGAGUACGUCACACUGUACCAAUAUCAGAGAGCGGCACUAAAGCAGCAGCAGCGUCAGAACGAGGAGUACGUUCGGCAGAUGGCGAGGGAAAAGGAGGACAUGAAGGCGAAGAUGCUGGAGCUGCAAGGGCUGGUGAUGCAGCUGCUGAACGAGCACAACAAGGAGCACGGCAGAGUCCUGCCGGACACCCACAGCGCUACGGAGGAGCUCACUCCAGGGCCCUCAGCCCUCCAGGAGCUUGGAGCUCACCAGCAGGCCGAUUUUUACGAGGUGAGCCUUGCCAACAAGGAGCCCAUACAAGAAGUAACCAGGAGGGGGUCUGGUCCUGAGAACCAUACUGCUCAGCAGAUCAUGGAGCUGCUUCAUGAAAUGCAGCGCCCUGACGACAAGACGGGCUUGGGUGUCAACCCCUGCCUGCCCUUAUUCUACCGGAAUAAGGAAAAGAACCAAUUCAAGGUCUGGAUCGCCUAAAAAUCUUACAGUGUCAGCAAGGCUUGGAGAAGUGGUGCUGCCCCCGUCCCACCCCUGCCACUCCCAGUCAGCCUUGCUCCUUAGAUUCCCAAGAUAAGACCCCUCCCACCUGGACCAGGACUAAGUCCUAAUUUUUGGAUUAUUUUCAAGUGACCAUCUUAGCAGUAUUUAAAAAAAAUUCUAAAUUAUUUCCCUUCUUAGAAAGAUAAAAACAAAUUUGGGGGGCUGGAAGGAGGGGAAAAAUUGCAAAAAGCAGAAAUAGAAAAGUUUUUUCCCUUCAUAGCUGGAUUUAUACAUAGAUUAUUUCUCUUCACAGAUGGAUUAAAUAAUUUAGAUACAUCCCUUCUUAGAAGGAAAAACACACAUUUUGGGCCGGAGGAGACAGAAAAAUUAGAAGAAACAAAAAAUAGGAAAAAGAACAAAAACAGAAAAAAAUUAUUUCCUUUCUUAGCUGAUUUGAAAAACAAAAUAUUUCUCUUCAUAGUUACAUAUCAAAAAUUGGAGGCUGGGCAUGGUGGCUCAUGCCUGUAAUCCUAGCACUCUGGGAGGCCGAGGUGGGAGGAUCUCUCAAA